AUGAUAACCUUAUUCCAUCCGUACCUCAAAUGGCUUUGCUUUUGCUUAAUAGCCACAAUUGUGAUUCUCAGUCUUUCAACACAAGAUGCAAAUACGCAAUAUCGGGAAAUUAUCGAAAAGGAAAGAGUUUCGGAAUUUACAGUGAAAGAAUCUGCAAAUACUGCUGAGGAUUUCAGAGAUUUGGAAGAUGCAGAUCAACCCCUUUUCUUUGUGGAAACCGCCAAGUGCAAGAUUCCGUAUGUGAAUCCCUUUGAUUCGGAUGCCAUGGCUGUGUUCCAUCCCGAACACUUUGAGUCCUGCUCCAACGAAACCGCCCUGGUGAUCCCGAUCUAUGACGUCGGUCGGCAGCGAUAUGUGCUGUUCAUCAAUAAGACGCUAGCAUCGAUCAUUCUGAACUCUUCCGAGGUGGAGUACAACUGCUAUUAUCAGGAGAUAACACGCGACCGGCAGCACGACAGCUAUGACAAGGUGGAGCGUAAGUACUUUACGCAUAACUACGAGGUCCCGCUACAUGUUCAUGGCCUGAUCUUGGCCUGUCAUCGUCUUGGCAACGAGUCGGAUAUUCUGCAGAGCGAUGCCUAUAGCCUCAUUCAAUAUAGGCCACUUCCCAAAGGACUUUCGAUGGAACCGUCUAAACGGAAGCCAAGUGUCCUAAUGUUCGGCAUAGACAGCCUGUCGCGGAUCAAUUUGCGUCGAACUAUGCCCAAGGUUUAUAAUUUUCUGAAGGGAGAAGGAUGGUUCGAACUGCAGGGCUAUAAUAAGAUUGGCGACAACACUUUUCCCAACCUGCUAGCCAUUUUGACUGGCUAUAAUCCAAACUCGGCCAUGGAAAAGGUGUGCAAUUGGCACGAGAAGGGCUGUUUGGAUAGGACCCCUUUUAUAUGGCACUACCUCCGGAAUGCCAGCUAUUUGACCGCCUACGGUGAGGAUGAGAGUGGAAUAGAGACAUUCAACUAUUGUAAGCCCGGCUUUUUGGUGCAACCCACCGACUUUUACCUCCGACCCAGCCAAAAGGCCUUCGAAUCGGGUCUGAACACCUGGAAAUGCGAGGACUGCUCUAUGAGAUACUGCAUCGGCCGACGGAUCACCAGCAGCUACGUCUAUGAUAUGGCCAAAGAAUUUGCCAAACGCUUUGUGGACGAACGUCCCAUUUGGGGGCUCUUCUGGUCGAAUAGCUUCAGUCACGACAGCUUUCAGAUGCCCUCGAAAAUGGAAGACUACGUGCUGCAGUAUUUGUUGGAUUUCCAGGCAGAUGGUGUCUUCGAACAGAGUAUAAUGAUAUUCCUAUCCGAUCAUGGAUCUCGUUAUGGAAGGAUAAUGUCUCUGCCUAGUGGAUUCCUGGAGUCGCGACUGCCCUCGAUGUUUAUCUACUUGCCGCCCUGGUUCCGUGCUCAAUAUCCGGAAUAUGCGAAAGCCCUGCAGUUGAACCAAAACCGCUUGACCUCCAACUACGAUCUGCACAAUACCCUGAAGCACAUCAUCGAACUGGGCGGAACUCCUGAUGGUCCCAAGUUACCCAAAGCUGCCGACUGUCCAAAGUGCCAGUCCGUAUUUCUUCCCAUCGAUGAGUUGAGGACGUGUGAGGACGCUGGGAUACCAGAGCACUACUGCACCUGUGUGCCUUAUAAAAGACUAAAUGCGGGUUGGGAGGAGCGUUUUGCUCCCCUGGUAAUCGAUCGAAUCAACGAGUAUUUGGCGAGCAGGAAUCUUAGUAACAUUUGCUCAAAGCUAACCCUGAAGUACGUACACGAGACGGAGAUAAAAAUCGACCUGGAUCAGAACUUCCAUGAUGAGGUGCCCCCUACAGAGGUGGCCACCUAUCGCACCAUGUUCAAGGUGAAUCAGAACACCGCCGACUUCCGAGCCACCGUUCUAUUUAAUAAUAUCACCGAAUCUGUGGAGGUUUCGGUGCCCACUAUCAGUCGACUCGACAGUUAUGCAAAGGUUUCGACAUGUGUCGACGACAAAACCGACAAGAUGUAUUGCAUUUGCAAAAGUGAUAUCCAAGAAUAA